AUGUGCCGCAACACGGCGUGGCUCGAAGCUUCCAAGGCCUACACGGUAGCAAGCUUCACCAUGAUUCUCAAAAUGACUGCCCUUCCAUCCUCGCUCAAGUUCCUCGUUCCUUGGUUCUCCUCUGAGGCGAAGAACGUCUUCAAACAUGGAGCCACAUGCCGCGCAAUCCUCACACCUCUCCUCGCCGAGCGUCGAGCUCUAAAAGCCGAAGCUAGAAGAAACGGCAAACCGGAACCCGUGUUCAACGACAUGAUCGAUUGGUUCGAGCAGAAGAGCGGAGGGACAGGGUACGACCCAGCUCUCUUCCAAAUUGCGCUAUCUUUCGUAGCGAUACAUACGACCAUAACAAUGCGUCGUCAAGCACGGCGCACCGUCGUCCUCCCCGACGGCCUCGUCAUCAACAAAGGCGAGCAGAUCGCCGUCGACGGCUUCAACAUGUCAGACCCCAAUGUCUACCCCGAUCCACACAGAUACGACAUAUACCGCUACCAGCGCAUGCGCACCAGCACCGACCGCGCCACAGUCAGCCAAGCGCAUCUCGUUUCCACCGGUCCCAAUAAUCUGUCAUUUGGACAUGGCGCACAGGGCUGCCCAGGCAGGUUCUUCGCUGCGAAUGAGAUGAAGAUUGCCCUGUGCCAUUUGCUGCUCAAGUACGAUUGGGAGUUGGCUGAGGGGACGGAUCUGGAAUCGAGGUUCUUGUUUGGCGAGACGGAGGCGCUGAGUAAAGGGAAUACGCUGAGGUUUAGACGGAGGAGGGAGGAGAUUGAUUUGGAGGGGCUGGCUUAUGUGUGA